AUGGGGAAGUACAUGAAGAAGGCAAAACCCAAAGGGGAACUCGCGCUUGUGGAAUCCACCACCACCAGCGCCACCACCUCCUACAUGGGGGUUCGAACCCGCGCCAAAACCCUAGCCCUUCAGAAAUCACAUACUCAACCCGAACUAGCUCCCUCCUCCGAUUCUUACCUUCAGCUCCGGAGUCGUCGCUUGCAGAAGCCUCCAAUUUUGAUCCACUCUCCCAGGCGGAACAAACACCAGAACCCUAAAUCUCCAAUCCCCGAACCUGUCAGGCUCGGACUGACUUCGGAGCACGACGCUUCUCUCACAGCGCGCAACCACAAGGAGGAGAGUACUCUGCAUGAGAAUGCCGAGGUCCAGGAAGGGUCCUUUGGGGAAAAUGUUUUGGAUUUUGAAGGCAGAGAGAGAAGCACUCGGGAAUCCACACCUUGCAGUUUGAUAAGGGACCCAGAUACUGUCAGGACUCCCGGUUCAACUACCAGGUCUACUCGCUCAACUGAAGCUAACCGAAGAACCGAGCAUGCAGCUAGAAGGCAAAUCCCAACUUCACGCGAAAUGGAUGAAUUCUUUGCUGAAGUUGAAGAGGCUCAGCAAAGGAACUUCAUUGAGAAGUACAACUUCGAUCCUGUGAAUGACAAGCCACUCCCCGGACGUUAUGAGUGGGAGAAGUUGAAACCCUAG